AUGUUCUACGAGAUUGCUAUCAUCGGUGCUGGACCCUGUGGACUCGCAGUCGCAGCUCGUCUUCGCGAGAAGACUCCUUCAGCUCUCUUUACAAACGACGAACAUGCUCGCUAUUGGAAGAAGUACAAGCAGCGACAUAACAGUAUCGAAAACGAGCGGAAGAAACGAAAGCCAUCAACAGACAGCGGGUAUGUCAGUGAGAGCCAGAAUGUCCAAGCUCUGGUGCCUGAGCAACUGUCAAUGAUCGUACUUGAUGCAGGUUCCUGCUCUUGGCUUUCCACAUGGAAGCAACGUUUCAGAUCUCUCGAAAUUAGUCACUUGCGCAGUCCUCUAUUCUUCCACUUGGACCCUCGGGACAGAGACGGCCUACUCGCAUUCGCUCACGAGCACAAUCGAACGGAGGAGCUUCUUGAGAUUCCCAAUGUGGCAGGCAAGGAAUUGAGCAAGCACGAAAAGAAGAAGCAACAUACUCGCAGAAGGAAGCAGGGUAAGGCACCGCACUUGAAGAUCGAUGGACGUGACCAGAUAGACUAUUUUACACCUUCCAGCAAGCUCUUUGAGGAUUAUUGUGAGCACAUCAUCGAGAAGUAUAGACUUCGUAACGUUGUGCAUCAGGCUGAGGUGCUCGAGAUAUCUUACGAUGGUUCGUCAAUCCGCACCAAUAGUGGUUCCUUCACAAUCAAGACUGGAACCAAUUCUAUAAUUCAUACUAAAAUUGUGAUCGUGGCAACUGGUCCUUCGACUACUCCUAGCAUCCCAGGUAUUCCGCGAGGACUGUGGCACAGUGGCGUGAAUCACGUCUUCCACCCAGGCGGUACUGACCUCCCUCCGGCUCUGCACAGCAGAAUCACAACCACUUCCGACAAAGUCACAAUCAUCAUUAUCGGAGGAGGUCUGACAUCUGCACAGCUCGUUCACCUCCUCCUAAACCGCUAUCACAAGCACACCAACUUGAAGCUUCACCUCCUCCUUCGUCAUCCCAACCUCAAAGUCAAACCAUUCGAUGUGACCCUCCCCUGGGUCAGCAAGAUACGCAACCACCUCAUGGCCAGCUUCUACUCCGCAGAUAGCGACGAUGAGCGCCUCGCAAUGUUACUAGAAGCACGAAACGGAGGCAGCAUAACACCAUACUUCGCGAAGAUGCUACGGAAGCACGAGACGGAGGGUAGAUUGAAGGUUCACGCUAGCACAGAGCUCAAGCUGUGUGAACAGGAGAUGUGGAACACCAAUACGCAGACGUGGACAAAUUUACGAUACCAGAACAAAACCAGCGAUGGCGAAAACUUUCUAGUGCAGGAUCUAACUGCCAGAGAACUACCAGACACCUCAGAUCAUAUCAUCUUCUGUACAUCUUCUGCACCCUCACUGCCUCAGAUACCGUUCCUGCGCAAGCUAGCUGAAAGUCAUCCGAUCGUAACGCUCUCUGGCCUGCCAGUACCGACCGAGGAUUUAGCUUGGAGCAGUAAUGUGCCCCUGUUCUUCACUGGAGCCCUUGCGGCGUUGAGGCUGGGUCCAGGCGCUGCGAAUCUGAUGGGAGCUCGAGUAGGCGCGGAACGGAUUGCGUGGGUUGUUGAGGCGAUGCUCGGGAAGCGAGGAGGAAGGGGAGGUCUUAUUGACCUUUCUGGUGGUGGACGUUGGCAACGCGACGGCUCGACCAGUGAAGAUAACCGGAGAGACAGUCUGGAAGAUAGGAGUGAUUUCACAGGAAGUUUCAGCAACCAGUAUGCUGCGUUGAGUCUCAGCGAUAGUCAGUAA